AUGCAGGCCAUGGACACGGCCACCGCGGAUUUGUACGAGGAGGAUGGCAAGGACCUGGCGGGCUACGACUUCGAGCCGCUCCCCACUCUGCCGGAGGAUGAGGAGAACGUGUCCCUGGCCGACAUCCUGUCACUGCGGGACAGUGGCCUCAGCGAGCAGGAGGCGUGGGCCGUGUGCCUGGAGUGCAGCCUGUCCAUGAGGAGCGUCGCCCACGCGGCCAUCUUCCAGACCCUGUGCAUCACGCCGGACACUCUGGCGUUCAACACCAGCGGGAACGUGUGCUUCAUGGAGCAGCUCAGCGAUGACCCCGAGGGUGCCUUUGUGCCCCCCGAGUUCGAUGUGACCGGGAACACCUUCGAGGCUCACAUCUACUCUCUGGGGGCCACGCUGAAGGCAGCCCUUGAGUACGUGACUGAGCCCGAGCCGGAGCCCAGGCUGAGCCAAGACCUGGAGGCGCUGCUGAGCCAGAUGCAGGCAGAAGACCCUAGGGACCGGCCUGACCUCGAGAGCAUCAUAGCAUUGUGUGAAGAGAAGAUGCUCUUCACAUCCUCCUGCCGUCUGUGCCGGAGCCUCUCGGCCAUCGGGAGGAGGGUGCUCUCCAUUGAGUCCUUUGGAGCAUUUCAAGAUGUCACCGAGAGCGGCUGGAGCGGGAGACCUGCUGCAGGAAGCACAGGGCCCAGGAAACAGCCGGGGGGCCACGCCACGGACCCAGAGGGCCUGCCCCAGCGCCCUGCCCGUGAAGCCCAUGGCAGCCUGGAGCAGCCUGCUACCCUGUCCUCCAAGCCCCUGCUGUCAGCCCCUGUGAGAAACGGAGAGCGGCUGGCCAGCCUCAUCCUGGACACCCAGCGCCCCCUGGGUGACCUGGAGAGGAGCCGCCUGAGGAAGGUGCAGACGUUCCCCAGGCUCCUGCCCGACGGCCCUGAGGCCAGCACCCUCUGCCUGACGCUGACCCCCACCAAAAACCAGCCACCCAAAUCUGAAGUCUUCCCUCCAGACCCCAGGAAGGCCUUUCUAGAUGGGAAAAAUGGCCUUUCCAGCUACACGUCACAGCCCAAGUCCAGACUGUGGCCAGAGCGGGAGCCCGAGCUCCAGCAGGGAGGACCUGGAGACACCAGCCAAAGCGGGGCCAGGGCAUCUGGGGCACUGGGCUGGAGCCCUGUGGAGGGAAGCGCCCCAUCCCUCUCCGAGGACCCCAGAGAUGCAGGCCCAGAGCCCAGGACUUCCAGUGCUGACGAGGGGACUCCCGACAGAGCUGGGGAGCCGGCUAGCGCAGCAGGAGAGCAGGGCGUCUCCCUGCAGGAGCUCCUGUACCAGCUGGGCCGGCCCUUCAAGGAGUAUGAGCUCUGGGCUCUGUCCCACGCGUGUCUCACUGCUCUGCGCGCUCACAGCGAGCACCCAGCCUACCUGUGCCUGGACUCUGUGCUGGUGGCCGAGGACGGGGCCGUGCUCUUCAGCCCACCCCCUGCCAAUGGCACUUACGACACAUUUUUUCUGGCUCCUGAGGUUGCAGAGCAAGAACUGGUGACUGAGAAGGCCUCCGUGUACUGUGUGGCCGCAGUCCUGUGGACAGCAGCCAAGUUCAGCGUCCCCCGAGACCACAAGCUGGCCCUGCCACGCAGGCUCAAGACCCUCCUCUUGGACAUGGCCAGACGCAGCGCCCAGGAGCGGCCGUGCACAGCUGAGGCCAUCAAGAUAUGCAGCACUUACCUCCUCCAGCGGGGAAUGGACAGCAGAAGGAUCCUGGCUCACCUGAGGGCGUCCACCUGUAAGGUUGACCAGGAGGAAGAGACCAUUGGCCUCCAGAAUGCUCUCUCGGUGGUUGAUCUGAACCCCAGCGCCCCCAGUCCCAGCUCAGGUUUUGUUCGGGUUGGCGGUGACACCAGGCUGGUGGCGGUGCAGGGGCCUGUGCCCUCUCAAACUCCCUGCCGCGAAGGGGUCACGAUGCUGCCAGCCGCCUUCACCGCCGCAGCCACGCUCUUCCAGCCCAUCGUGCUGGCCCCAGAUGCAGGUGACGCCAGCCAGAAGAUUCCUGACCAACCAGUACCUGCUGCUGGACCACAGGGAGCAGCUGCAGAACCGCUCAGGGAGUCAGUGCCGAGAGACGCAGCCCAGGGGAUCCCCUGCACCCCACCCCCUGGCCCAGAGGGGGCUUCACCAGCAGUGCCCGAGUCUUCUACAGCUGCCCCACUCCUGAAGGCACAGGCACCUCCCGUGGAGCAAGGGCCAGACCAACCAGCCCCACCUAGAACCCCAGUGUCCAGUGCAGCCCACCACGACCCGAGUCACCCAGCCAAGCCACCCAGGAGCAAGGCCACCGAGGGCGCAGGCCGGAAGCCUCGGGGUCCCUCAUCAGCCCCGUGGGACCCCUCCCUGGCCAAGGCAAGUCCAGACAGCCCCAAAGGCACCUCUGUCCCAGAGCAGGAUGGCCUGGCCCCAGACAGUCACCCCGAGCGGCCCCUGCCAGCAGACCACAAGCUCUGUCUGCCCGGUGUGGACGCCUCAGCCCUCCCGAAGAGGACGGCCUGCCCGUCGCUGCAGGAGGCCAUGCGCCUCAUCCAGGAGGAGUUUGCCUUCGACGGCUACUUGGACAACGGACUGGAGGCUCUGAUCAUGGGGGAAUAUAUCUACGCCUUGAAAGACCUCACCUACGCCACUUUCUGUGGGGCCAUAUCAGAGAAGUUCUGUGACCUCUACUGGGGGGAGAAGUUGCUGCAGAGUCUUUUCAAAGUGGUGAACGGGAGGAUGUCCCCCUCUGAGAAUGCUUCAGAGGAGGCUGGGUCACAGCCCGAGGGCGGCACGGCCAGCACUCCAAGUGGCUGCUCACUGUCCAGCAAAAGGCCAUCACUGCAUGGAGCAGGGAAGGAGAAACUGACCGCCGCGCGGGUCAGCCGAGCCCCCUGCCCGUCCCCGGCGCUGUCCGAUGUGGAUGCGGACGAACUCUCACGGGGUAACUUUGAGGUGGGAUUCCGGCCUCAGAAGUCGGUCAGAGGCGAGCGGGAACAGCAGCAGGAGGCCGGAGAGCGCGGGCAGCAGGGAGGGGGCCUGGGGCCCGAGGCGGUGGCCCAGCUGGCCAGGCCCAAGAAGGGGGCCCCGGCUACGCACUCGGGCCCGGCCGAGCUCCAGAGCUGCAGUCCCGGCUGGUGCAGCGCCUUCUACGAGGCAGACUGCUUCGGUGCCGACGUCUCCAGCUACGUGAAGGAGCUGGUGAGGCAGAGAGCCGGCAGGGCCACCGACGCGGACGCCCAGAGCCCGGAGCUAGAGCAGCAGCUCCUGAUCGAGAAGAGGAACUACCGGAAGACUCUGAAGUUCUACCAGAAGCUCCUGCAGAAGGAGAAGCGCAGUAAAGGCUCCGAGGUGAAGACCAUGUUGUCCAAACUGAGAGGGCAGCUGGAAGAAAUGAAGUGCAAAGUGCAGUUCCUGGGACUGGUCAAGAAGUAUCUGCAGGUCAUGUACGCGGAGCGGUGGGGCCUGGAGCCCUGCACCCUGCCCGUGAUCGUGAACAUCUCCGCGGCCCACUGCGACACACUGGAUUUCAGCCCCCUGGAUGAGUCCUCGUCCCUCAUCUUCUACAACGUCAGCAAGCACCCGCGUGGCGGCAAGCAGAGGAAGGCCCGUGUCCUGCAGGCCGGCACGCCUCUGGGGCUCAUGGCAUACCUCUACUCCAGUGACGCCUUCCUGGAGGGGUACGUACAGCAGUUCCUCUACACCUUCCGGUACUUCUGCACGCCCCAGGACUUCCUGCACUUCCUCCUGGACCGCAUCAACAGCACCCUGUCCAGGGCCCACCAGGACCCCACCUCGACCUUCACCAAGAUCUACAAGCGAAGCUUCUGCCUCCUGCAGGCCUGGCUGGAAGAUUGCUAUGCUGUGGACUUCACUCGGAACACCGGGCUCCUGGGCAGGCUUGAGGACUUCAUCUCUUCCAAGAUCCUGCCACUGGAUGGCUCCGCGGAGCACCUGCUGGGCCUCCUGGAGGUGGGCACUGACCGGCGGGCCGAGGGCACCUCACGUGGCACAGACCUGGAGGACCCCAAGGAAGCCGAGGAGGACGGCAGACCUCUCAAUGCCCUCUGUAAGAGGCUCUCAGAAGACGGCGUCUCCCGGAAGAGCUUCCCCUGGAGGCUGUCCCGGGGCAACGGGCUGGCACUGCCACACCACAAGGAGCGCCAGUACACCAUUGCGUCUGCCCUGCCCAAGCCCUGCUUCUUCGAGGACUUCUACGGCCCCUAUGCCAAGGCCAACGAGAAGGGCCCCUACUUCCUGACCGAGUACAGCACCCACCAGCUCUUCAGCCAGCUAACACUUCUGCAACAGGAAUUAUUUCAAAAGUGCCAUCCCGUCCACUUCUUAAACUCACGGGCCCUGGGCGUCAUGGACAAAAGUAUGGCCAUCCCCAAAGCCAGCUCCUCCGAGUCUCUGUCAGCCAAAACCUGCAGCUUAUUUCUGCCCAAUUACGUGCAGGACAAGUACCUAUUACAGCUUUUGAGAAGUGCAGAUGACGUCAGCACCUGGGUGGCAGCUGAAAUUGUGACCAGCCACACCUCCAAGUUGCAGGUGAAUUUGCUGUCCAAAUUUUUGCUGAUUGCAAAAUCUUCCUAUGAGCAGAGGAACUUCGCGACAGCCAUGCAGAUUCUGGGAGGCCUGGAACACCUGGCUGUGAGGCAGUCCCCUGCCUGGAGAAUUUUACCCGCGAAGAUAGCGGAGGUCAUGGAAGAGCUGAAAGCCGUCGAGGUCUUCCUGAAGAGUGACAGCCUGUGUCUGAUGGAAGGACGGCGCUUCCGGGCCCAGCCCACGCUGCCCUCAGCCCGCCUCCUGGCCAUGCACAUCCAGCAGCUGGAGACAGGGGGCUUCACCAUGACCAAUGGGGCCCACAGGUGGAGCAAGCUCAGAAACAUAGCCAAGGUGGUGAGCCAGGUGCGUGCAUUCCAGGAGAACCCCUACACGUUCGCGCCCGACCCCAAGCUGCAGUCCUACCUCAAGCAAAGAAUCGCACGCUUCAGCGGGGCCGACAUUUCCAUUUUGGCGGCAGACAACAGGGCCUCCUUCCACCAGAUCACCAGCGAAAAGCACUCCCGGAAGAUCCAGGACAAGUUACGGAGAAUGAAGGCCACGUUUCAGUAACGGGGGCGGUGGGUGUGGUGGGGAUUCCAAAGC